AUGAGAGAAAAUUCUUCUUUCGAAGAUCCAUCAUCUGGCGAUCAGCAAACAUUAUCACCAGCACUUCAUAUAACAGACGAUAUCAAACAUGAAGCAUCUUUCCGUAUUAUGUCAUCUGAUACUGAAGGUGAAACUGAGCAAAGCGUCGAAGAAUCCGAGCAAGGAAUUUCACUAAUGCAAACAUCCAAAUAUACCAGCGACAUAGUACUAUUGGGAGAAGAAGAAACACACCCAGAAAUCACUGAGAGUGAACCGGAACAGACAAGUCUUCGUGUUGUUGCUGAAGUUUGUAACGCUGAACAUCCAGACGACUUUCUAACCGAGAUUAUUAUAACAUCCGUUGUUAUUGAUACACAAAAUGGAAGCACAAAUAAACAGUUACUGCCAUUGUCGGUCAGUACGGAAGAAUCCAUUUCCACUUCACAACCGAAUAUAUCCGGACAGGACACAGAAGCGGAAAUCUCAACCGGCAGAAUAAAUACAAAAUCAGAAACGUUAAAUAAUUUGAAUGAACUAUUAAAUCAGGAAGCAGCAGAUACCAAUCGAGUGAUUGACACUCCUUUCGAUGUGGGAUUGGGACUACAAAUAAGAAAGAUAAUGUCAACGGCACUGUUGCUACCCGAAACAAAAAAGAAUAGUAUUGAAAUUGAUUAUCAAAGAAAACGUUCAUUUACACACUGA